UGUUCAGCCUUCAAGACGUGUGCGAGAAAACAUGAAAAUUACUUUCAUGCACAGCUCACAACUGUUGUGAACUUUUCGUAAACUUCUUCCUGAAUCUUCUCUUCACUUCUUUUCACACUUCAGAAAUUAGUUAUCAAAUUCGUUUGAGAAUUCUCUUUGUUUUUUCAGUUUCUUGAUAGAUAAUGCAUCGCGGAACUCGCACGCGCGGGCGCGGACGCGGGACUGGUGGUGUGCAAGUUCAGCCUCAAGCGGAAUCGCAUCCCACUCCAUUGGAAAGCUCCCCGAUUGCAUCAUUCAAAAGCGCGCUCGCAGCUCAUGCAAAAAAUAACGAUCUGAUUGUGGUGAGGUUCGCAGUGGACGAUGAAGUGUUGCAUUGGCCUGCGAGCGAAGAACGCUUGAAAGCCACUCCCGGAAACUUCUACAAAUUUCCGCUGCGCGCUGGCACACUGCUGCAGGCUCAACACAAAUCCCAGUUCUACGAUGCAACGAUCAUCUGCAUCAUGAACAGUAAGGAGGAAGCUGACGAACAUGUGGAGUUCCUUAAGCAACAACUUCAGAUGCAGAACAAAGUCAAAACUGUGAAUGCGAGUUCGCUUCAGAAAGCUCAAAAACUACUGUCCGCUGAAUUACAGAAUGUGGGCAACGAAAUCCCUUCGAAAGAGCCGAUGUCGGAUGUUUCUGAACAUAGCGGAGUUAUGGCACCCGAAGAAGCGCUGGAUGACGAUUUCGAUCCUUUUGCUGAGAAUGUUCCAGAAUCAGAUCAAGCGACUUCGCAUUCCGCUCACCCAUCGGGUUCCUCGUCUUCUCGCACCGUUCCCAUGGAAAUUCCAGGAUUGGUUCCGCCAGCGGCAAAAGGUCCUUUUACUGUUCCGUCAGUUCCAACGGCUGAACUGAAGAAAAAAGCAGCGGCUCCUCCAGUGUCUCCGUUGAAGCGCGCUGCAGGAAAUAGCGAUAUCGCAGGAGCAAAUGGAGGUGAUUCAGGAUUGGGAGGCGCUGGUAGUGGAAGCGCGUAUGCGAAGUCGCAUAAGGCACCAAAAGCCAGAAAAACCGAUCCCAUGGUCGAAGCUGAACUGGAAGAUCAUUUGAUGAAAUUUCCGUAUGAAAUCAAAGGACCCAAGAAAAUUGAGCUGGUCAAGAAGGCGCCGGGAGAUCCAAUCUGGAUCGAAGAAAUGCUGCAUAACCGCAUGGUCAUCUCCGGAAAGACAUGGGAGCCAGCCAAAUGGCUGAAACAGCUGAUUGGCUUCCUCAUCCAAGGAACAGCUGACUACAAAGGCGACGGCAUCCGCCUCUUAUACGAGAAGCGGAUGCAGUUCAUCCGGGACCAAGACUCUGAUCACAAGCAGCAGCCUGGAAUCAAGGCCCUCCUUGGUGACGAAUUUAUCAUGACCGUGGAAAUGUAUUUCACCGCGUGUCAUUUGAUGGGACGCGAACGCGGCAUGCAGGCUGGCCUGGUUACGGCUUCCCUCAAUGCCUGGAAAGAUUACCAUGUGAAAGCCUACGCCAAAAAGCACAAUCUUCCUUGGUAAAAUCCCGGGUAAAUGCGAAAUCGCGUUUGGUUUAGCUUAAAAGCGCCUCGAUUUUUUCAGUUGAUUUUUGUGAUUAAUUUGCUUUUCCUGAUUCGCAUAAAGGAUCAUUAAGACGAAGCAGAUUUGCUUUAUCGAUGUUUGUAUGUUUCAGUACAGUUUCGAUCAUGCGAAUAAUCGCAUCGAAUCGAUUCGUUCUAGAUCUGUUAAUUAAUGUGGUGUUUCAUAUCUUUAUUGUUUUUCUCUAGUUGAGUGAUAAUAACCAAGUUCUAUUGUUAUAAAUAUUACUAUUUGUUUUGCUUACAGUUUGUUCAUGUAGCGCUAACAACGUAAAGCUGUGUUAUUAAUAAAAUUGUGCUAUUAAACCGUCUCUGAAUGCGCAUUAUCGUGC